AUGCCCAAUUCGUUCAGGAACAAAGCAACGUCGGUUUGGAUGCCCUUGUUGUCGGAGAUCACAAACACAUCUCCGCCGUCCUGGACAAACUGGAGCAGCGUCUCUGUUGGGACGAGGUCUCUGGACGUGGUUGGCAGCACCAGAAUGUUCUGGUACCGUCUGAAUCCGUUGGUGAACAAAUCUGGCGACGGGGAGUCUGGACCCACCAGGCCCAGCUCCAGGUCGAAGUUUUUGCUCUCCAGCGUCUGGAAAAGCUUGGAAUACUGCGUGGUGAACUCGGGCAGUCGCGAAUCGUACAGCACGAGCGUCCUGCUGUCUGCCAACGCCGACGAGACGGCCAAUGCCAAUGGGGUCAGAAGAAACAAGAGAAAAAACAUGAACAAAAAAAAACGUGUUCGCGUGGCAGGUUACAAUUGGACUAACGCGUGUCAGCACCUGGAGAAGAUGUUGGACGAGAUCGAGAGCAGAAUGGAGGAGUUGGAAAAGAGUGGCAACAACACAACAGAAACCGUUGAGGAGCCGGUUUCUAAUGCCAAUGAAGUGCCCCAGCCACAAGAGAACGAAAAACAGCCCGCUGCUGAGUGA